AUGUGGCUGACUGACAGUUCAGAGGAAUCAGCUAUCUGCUAUUUGACUGGCAACUCGACAAAGAUGUGUCUGUAUAACCCACCAGAAGUCCCCUACGCCACAUUCAAAGCCCUCGCCUACAAGAAUGGCACCAUGCUGAACUGUGACUGCAAGAAAGGUUUCCGCAGAGUAAACGGAUUGCUCUAUGUACUGUGCUCAGGGAACUCUUCCUGGAGCAACACGUGUCAGUGUGCAAGCAACUCCAACAGAAACACAAGAAAGCGAGUUACACCUCAACCCGAAGAACAUAAAGAGAGACAAACCACAGAAACGCAAAGUUCAGCAUGGUCGGUGGACCAAGGAAACAUUCCAGGUCACUGCAGGGAGCCCCCUCCAUGGGACCAUGAAAGUACAAAGAGAAUCUAUCAUCUCAAAGUGGGACAGACAGUUUACUACCAGUGCAUUCAGGGGUACAAGGCUCUCCAGAAACAUCCUGCCACAAGUGUCUGUAAAACCAUCUGUGGAAAGACAGGGUGGACUCAGCCUCGGCUCACAUGUGUAGAUGAAAGAGAGCACCAUCAAUUUCAAGACAAAGAAGAAUAUCUAGAGAGUACAGAUACCCUUCCUGAGAGUGAGACUUCCUGCCCCAUCACCAUCACAGACACCCAACAACCUCCAGAAGCAACUACAACAAUGGAGACGUUCUUCCUUACAAUGGAGCAUCAGAUAACAGUGGCUGGCUGCGUCUUCCUGCUGAUCAGCAUCCUCCUUCUGAGUGGGCUCACCUGGCGGUGGAGAUGGAAGAAAAGUCGAAGAACCAUAUAG